UCUGCUCCGUCGGACCUCCACCCUGGUCUUCUGGCCAGAGCCCACCUCCCGCAUACUGUAGGCGGAUAUCUGAACUUUCUCGCGUUAUCCCGAAAGCGAAAGCACUGCUCCUGUCCGGCGGGGUAUGGAGAUGGUGGGUCUGCUGCUCCUGGUCGCGCUGCUCAGCCCAGGCUCAGAUGGCGUCCCGAGGGCCUACACGUCACAUUUAACUGUUGUCGCUGUGAGGAAUGAAGCCAUCAUCCUGCAGUGCAUGUUCUCGGUCACUCCGGGACCCAUUGACCCCAAAAGGGUGGAUGUCACCUGGUAUCAGUAUGGCUUCCCAGUGGCCAUGUUUCAGAAUGGAGUGGCCUUGGAGAGACAUGACGCCUAUCUGUCUGAAAGUGACAUCAGGCAAGGAAACGCGUCCCUGCUACUGAAGCCCGUCGCCAAGAGAGAUGAAGGACAGUACGAAUGUGAAAUCGCCCACGGUGGGAAGAAACAUAUGGUCAGUAUGUCUCUGACCGUCAGAGUUCCCCCCAAAGUCGUCGUUUUUCCAGAACGGGUUCAGCUGCUGACUGAAAACUCAGUGACGUGCGCGGCCAGGAGCUUCUACCCCAAGGCCAUCAGUUUCACUUGGAUGAGAAACGGCCAUCCUGUGAAAGAAAUGAACAGUACAACACCUCAAAUCAAUCGGGACGGCACAUACAACUCGGAGAGCGUCUACCGCUUCACAGCCAGAAGUCGGGAUGAGCUGAGCUGUGUGGUGGAGCACGAGGCCCUGGAGCAGCCGCUCAGGAGAUUCAUCACCUAUUUGGGGCGGACCGUUGCAGAGAUGAUGACUGUCAUCAUUCCAGUGCUCCUCGUCUUCAUCGUUCUUCUCCUUGUAUGUUGGUGGUCCUCAGUGCUCCUGUCACCUCUUGCCCAAUCAAAAGUAAAUAAUGUCGAGGGGGAACAAGCAGAGAUUCAAUGCACCCUCAAAAGCUGGACACUCACACUGGUCACUCUGCAAUGGUUUCUGAAUAGCCAGAAGAUCUCAUUGGACCAAAAGGGCCCCCCAGCUUACACCCUGAAGGGAGACACAGAAGAGAAAGGCAACCGUCUGAAGAAGACCACCAUCCUGCUGUUCACGGCAAGUAGAAAGGACCAUGCGGAGGCUGAGCUUAGGUGUCGGGCCACACACCGGCUCACCAGGAGGAGCGUGGAGCGCUCAGUCAUGUUGGGACAAGUGUACGCUCGCCCUCAGCUCUCAGAUAUUGAGAACAUCUCUGAAUACUCGGACGCCGAUGUGAAGCUCCAGAUUACAGCUGAGGAGUUCUACCCUCGAGACAUCGGUUUCACAUGGACCCUUGGAGAAGAGAGGGGGACCACCGAAAUGCCUGAGAUAAUAGACAACCCCGACGGGACAUUCAGCGCUAGGAGCAUCUGCUCAGUCCCGCUGUCUUGGGUUCAGAUGGCCGGAUUCAGGGUCUCUGUAGAAGUCGAUCACAUUUCACAGGGAAAGCUACUGAGGACGGCCACCGGCGACACCCCAGGUAUCGAUGGGCGUCCCCUGCUGUCUGACAUUCAGGUGGUCAGGUUUACAAAGCUGGGUGAGCCCUGCAACCUGAGCUGCACCGUCUCCAGGUUCUUCCCCAGUGCUGUCACGGUCACCUGGCUGAGAGCUAAAGCAGAGGGUGGACAUCAGCCUGUCACUGCAGGGUCACCUCAUUGGACAGCCACAGUGAACAGACCCACCCCGGAGAAGAGGAAUAACAUCUAUGAGGUGACCUCCGAGGUCCAGUUUACACCUAAACAACUGUCUGAGUUUGAGGAGAUGACUUACAUCUGCAGGGUGGGUCACAUGACCCUCAUGGGGCAGCCCAUCGAGAAGACGGCCGGAAAUCUGGAGUUAGAAGGCUGUCAGAAAAUGCCCAGAGCGAUGGAUUUAAAGAUCCACUUCGUGGAGCUCAACCAGCCAUGCAUUCUGAGCUGCACCAUCACAGACUUCUACCCCAAGGAGAUCAAGGUGACUUGGCUGAGAAGGGACAAGGAGAAGAAGCAAUGGGAAGCUGGGACACCGCAGUGGAAAGCCACCACUGCCCAUUAUGGCCCAUCGAUGAGAAAGAACACCUUUGAUUUGGUGACUCAGGUGAAAUUCACCCCCAUGCAGCUUUCUGAGCUCGAGGACAUGGAGUUCUUCUGCACAGUGCAGCACUUGUCCAUUACGGGGAAGUACAUGGAGAGGAGCUCUGCGGGGGUUUACAUACCAGGUUGGCUCCUGGCCCAGCAAGCAAAGAAAUUUGGAACUACAGCUGGAUAUGUGGACAACAACGAAAAGGGGUUCACCUCCAACCUCUACUUUGGGGAUGGUAAGUAUGACUGCCUCCUCUUCCUCAUCAAUAAUGGUCAGGUGGGGUUUGGGGUCUCCAUACAGAUCAAUUCCAAAGUGACAUCAGCAGGGGGUUGGUGGGGGGCUCACCUCCAUGAACUCUAGAACAUUCUGCAGGCUGUCCACCUUCUCUUAUCUAUGACCCUCUCAGAUGUUUGUCGUUCUUCUGCUGCUUUACGAAACGUCCUCAGCACUCA